AUGUAUCGUUGGUAUCAAGAAUCUGCAGUUUGUUACGCAUAUUUGUCCGAUGCAAAGGAUAUUUGGUCUUUGAUUCAAAGCAAAUGGUUCUCUCGUGGAUGGACAUUGCAGGAACUCAUAGCACCACGUCAUCUCCUACUAUUUGAUAUGCACUGGCGUCUACUGGGAACUAAGGGCGGGCAUGCAACCCUGAUCGAAUACAUUACUCGUAUUGAUAGAGAUGUCAUACUCGGACGUCUUUACCCAGGAUCAUGCAACGUUGCCCAGAGAAUGUCAUGGGCUUCAGAACGAGAAACUAGCCGAGAAGAAGACUUAGCUUACUGCUUGAUGGGACUGUUCGAUAUUCAUAUGCUACCAAUGUAUGGGGAGGGCUCCCAAAAUGCAUAUCUUCGACUACAGCAAGAGAUUCUUAAGCGAACUUCAGACCAAACUUUAUUUUUAUGGACUGCUGCUCAUGAGCCCUACAAUCAAGGUCUACUACCAACUUCUCCAAGUUCUUUUUGCACUCAUCAUGGCUGCUUAGAUUGGCUGCCCCUCAAUUCGAGGACGAUCGGAGAUUCGAUGAACGCUUAUACUUCACUUAUUCCAUCAAUUCGUACACCUCGCGGUUUCAAGUACAACAAGCAAAUUGGGGUAUACAUUGAUGCUCCUCCAGUCGAUACACACUCUGCUUUUGGAUCCAAUGGCCUGCAGUUAUCUCUUCUUUCCUAUGACAGCAGCCAAGACUCAUUCAAGCGUCAACAGCCCUACCUGCACACACUUACAAAAUAG